AUGCCAAACAACGUGAAAUCUACUGUUUGUGACAUCCUGCCCACUGGCUUGAAGAUGGCUUCAACUUUUAUUGGUAACUCUACAUCAAUCCAAGAGAUGUUCAGGAGGGUCAGCGAACAGUUUACUGCCAUGUUUCGAAGGGAGGCUUUCAUGCAUUGGUACACUGGAGAAGGUAUGGAUGAGAUGGAGUUCACAGAAGCUGAGAUCAACAUGCAUGAUUUAGUUGCUGAGUACCAGCAAUAUCAGGAUGCAACUGCUGAUGAGGAGUAUGAUGACGAGGACGAGUAUCAAGAUGAGGAGCCCAACUAA